AAACUUGUGCAAAACGAUUAUUCUCCUUUCUAUUUGGAGGGCCAAGCCAUCCUUGGCUUUGUGCCUCAUUUUCCCACAAUCACUUACAGGUCCCGUGUUCGAAACCCCGCGAGGCCUUCUGGGACUUAAUUCUUGAUCUUUUAUCACGAGGAUAAAAAGGAAAAGAAAGAGAGCCCGACGAAAUUCCGACUGAGACUGCUAUGUUAAAAUCUGAAAAACUCAAGCAUGAGCAAUGGCGGAUCAGCAGCAGCAGAAACAGAAAAAGCAAAGAAUGAGAAAAAACCGUUGGAAACCGGCGCGGACGCAUUCGGGCGUGCGAUUGCCCGCAUUGCAGUGGGGCAGAUAUGCGAAAGCGCGGGUUUUCAGUCAUGCCAGGAGUCCGCUCUGGAAGCCCUCGCGGACAUUGCAGUGCGGUACCUCGGUGACCUCGGCAAGUCAGCGCACUUUUAUGCUAAUCUGGCUUGCCGCACUGAGUGCAAUGUCUUCGAUGUAAUUCAGUCGUUGGAAGACAUGAACCACCCUCAGGGUUUUGUAGGCGCCUCUAACAUUCUGUCCCGUCGUCUCUCCGCUUCCGCAACGGUGAAGGAUAUCAUUCAUUACACUAACAGGUCGGAAGAAAUUCCCUUUGCGAGACCUGUGCCCCAUUUUCCUGUUGCGAAGAAAAGGGAACUUAUGCCUAGUUUUGCACAGAUGGGGGAAGCACCACCUAGUUCUCAAAUACCACAGUGGCUGCCUGCAUUUCCUGAUCCACAUACUUAUGUGCAUACACCUGUCUGGAACGAGCGGAAGUCAGAUCCUAGGAUGGAUAAAAUUGAGCAGGCUAGGCAAAGACGUAAGGCAGAAAGGUCAUUAUUGAAUUUACAGCAGCGGUUGGCAUGUGCUGGGGGACCUUCAUCUUCUCAACCAUUUGCUGCCCCAGUGGAAAUGGAUGACAUUGCCAGGGCCAAAGGGAAAAGUCUUCAACAUCCUGGCCCAAACCUGAACCCUAAUUCAAACCCUACCGUAAACCCUACCAAUAAUUCAAUUACUAACCCAUUUCUGGCACCACCUGUGAGUGCAGAGGAGAGAGCUGUUAGCCCUGUUCGAGUCCCAGAGCAGAUUUCAUUCAAGGCUGGCGAUCGGAAUUGGGGGGGUGGGACUGAAAAAGGACUAAAAAUGCCUUCAGUUUUGGAGGCCUUUGCACCUGCAAUUGAGGCUGCCAAGCAGGGGCUUGACUGUGCCAAUGAGCUGGCUGGAGGUGCUUCUAGAGGGGUGCAAGUUUUGCCUGAUGAAAGGCCACUAGUGCACUUCAAAUUUGAUUUUGGGAAGAAGGCAGCUUUUGCUUCUCAUGUGGCUUCUGCUGGGGUUAGGAACAGUGGGGUGCCCCUACCUGGACACUGGUUCGGUAGGGAUGAGGAGAAGGAUGAGAAGAAGAGGCGAGCAGAGCAAAUACUGAAGGCGGCCAUGGAAAACCCUCAGGACCUGGCACAAGUAUGAGAAAGGAUUUUUUUGGAGUCUGCAGCAAUGCUUGUAAGCAAUUUGUACUCCUUAAUUCUUAAUCAUCUAUUUUUGGACAGCUUUUAGGCAGAACUACGAAGAAACAAAACUUUCGAAUUCAGCAUGAUUGUUAUUUAUGCAAAAGUUUUUGUUCUUUAUGCCCAACUGUCCCUUUAAAAUGACUUCUGUUUGAGAAGGCAUAAAAGAAUGAGUGUAUCUUUGUCAAAUUUUAACUUAUAUCCAAGGAGGUCAACAGGUUGCUGUGCAUAUGCAGCAAAGUUUAUGUGCUUUCGUCUGAGUCAGUGGGAUUGGCUUGUUUUCCUUUCAAGCAGAAAUUGAUCAUUCUACAUCUGGUUGAGUACAGGCUGCCUCUGGCAAUUCUUUUAGCAAUGGUUCCCAACAGUUGUUCUCUAUAUAAAAUAUACGUGAUUUAGUUCA